GGGAGAGGAAGGGAGGAAGAGAGGCCUUGCUGGAGGAUUCCUGGGGUGGAGACACCCCAGUUCCCUUGAGAGAAUCUGGACUCUGGGGGCAGUGGCGGCUGCUGCCACCAGGGGAGGGACCGGAGGCAAGUCACAUCCGGCUGCACGGGGGCUUCCAAGAUGCAAGCGAGCCGGGGAGCAGCGUUGCUCACCCUUGCCCUGUGGGCACUCUGUUCGCCAGCACUGAGCACGGAAGGCAAACGGAAGCUCCAAAUCGGAGUCAAGAAGCGGGUGGACAAUUGCCCCAUCAAGUCCCGAAAGGGAGAUGUGCUCCACAUGCACUACACAGGAAAGCUGGAAGAUGGGACCGAAUUUGACAGCAGCCUGACCCGCGACCAGCCGUUUGUCUUCACCUUGGGGACUGGGCAAGUCAUUAAAGGCUGGGACCAAGGACUGCUUGGGAUGUGCGAGGGUGAAAAGCGGAAGCUGGUGAUUCCCUCUGAGCUGGGUUAUGGAGACCGGGGAGCACCACCCAAAAUCCCAGGUGGUGCAACAUUAAUCUUUGAAGUCGAGCUGCUGAAGAUCGAGCGACGGCAGGAACUGUAGCUACGUCUCUUGGGGGGAAGGGGGCACGGGGAGGGGCGGGAGGGAUCUGCAGAAGUGGCUGUGGAAACAAUGACAUCGAUGGGCCAAAUAAAAGCA